AUGGCCCCUUCUAACAGCCCUGAGAGCACCAGCUCGCCGGACGAAGAUCUCAAAAACCUUGCGACAGCGGCGAACGGGGCAGCCAACACAACCAGCCAGAUGCGAGACAACAUGACUUUUCACUACUUCAUCCAACUUCCUCCUGAGCUUCAAUCAAUGAUUCGUACUGAAGCGAUCGAUCAAGCCCUACGGAAUGCAAUUGGAAGACCAUUCAAAGGCGGUCCACUGGCUUCGGUAUCAAAAGAAUGGAAGAAUGAUGUUGAAAUGCGCCUUUUCAGCCGAAUCCGAAUCAAUCCGUCAAAAGAGAGGCAUGUUCUAAGGUUCAGGGAAUUCUUUACUAACGAGCGAAGAAGGUUUCUCAGCCAACUUGAGAUCACCAUUGACGACCGCUGGACGGGUCCUUGGCAUAGGGACAUGGGCAUUGUGCAGAUCAGCCAGGUAAUGGAGAAAAUCGGACACCUGCUACAGUACCUUCAGAGUUGGGAAGUUCACAGGGAUGAAGAGCAACCACGGUCCAUCGAAAUCAUCUUUGUGUCUAUGUCUAACACUCUAGAUCCUUCCUUAACAACAAGAUUGUGUUCUUCCAUUCACACAAGCUCGCUUUGGGAAGGCUCUGAUUUGGACAUGGUCACAGGCUCGGGCCAGAUUCCUACCAAUGUGGCAUUGUGGGCCAUCAAGUCCGAAUUUCCAUCUACUCUCGACAUGGUAACGCACCUCACCUUCCCUCUCGAUUGCGUUCCUUUGCCUGCUGCACAGGCAAUGAUACAAAGGAUGCAAAAUUUGAAGUCUUGCGAUUUUGAGAUAAAAGUCAACGCUUCGCAACUAGGAUGGAGGAAUUUGAGUGAUUUCGUCAUUUCAUUGCCCACGUUGGCACCUUCUCUCCGCUGCCUUCGAAUCUCAGGCUCAUAUGUCUUUUUUGAAACCUUCACAUCGACAUUGAAAAAGUUCUCCGCUGUCUUACGUGACUACAGUCAAAGUCUUGAGCGUCUGGAUGUCUCUGAUUUGCCCUUGCACCAAGCGUUCUUCCAGCCGUUUUCGGACGAGUUCGGGAUCAACGCGGCAAUGUCGGAAUGGCGAUGGCCAAAACUCGAGACACUUGAGUUGAUAUUUGCAAAUUUUGCCCCCUACCUGGAACCGGGCCGGCUUAAGUUGACACCAGCCGAAGUGCUCAUUGCAGCGGGCAGGGCGGCCAUGGCCAUGCCGGUUCUCAAAUAUUUCCAUGCUGGUAUCGUGGAAGAAGCAGCAGAUUCUAAGAACAAGUAUUUUUGGAUCGCGCGAGAGCUGAAUGCAAGUCUCGAGAGUUCGGGAAAGGCUCGCAUCACGUUUAAAGGAUUCAAUACCGACGAGAGACGGAGGAUUUUGGCUGCAUGGCUUCCUUGGAUGGGGGCUGAGGCACGAUUUGUGAGGGAGAUGUUCGAUGACGACACUUUGGAUGACAACGAUUCUAACAAAGUCGAGUCCGACGGCCAGCAGUCCGCGCAAUCAAUAGGUCUGGAAACAUUUUACAGUUUUCCCGAAGACAAAGGCCUGGUCAUCAUGUCGGAAAGGCAGAUGCAAUUGGCUGCUACAAAGAUGCUGGGGCAGGACUCGAGCGACUGA